GCCCCGCCUCCAGUGGUAGGCCAAGACUGCGCUCGCUUCGACCCUUCUCGGGCCUCUGGUCUGCCAGGAGAGGCGCGCUACGCUGCCUCCGAUGGGGAAAAAAUCGCGGGCAGCGCCGGUGGGGCGCCGCCCGAUCCUGCAACUCUCACCGCCGGGGCCUCGUGGGGGACGGGAAGAAGCGGCGCCGGGGGACGGGGACUCGGCGUCAGAAGCGGAUGAAUUUGAAGUAACUGAAGAGGCCCCCAAAAUAGCCUCAAAUCCUCCUCAGGCUAACAUGCCAGUUGGUCCUGUACCAGUCAAGCCAACAGGUGGUUUGUGUUUGCUUGGUACAUAUGCAGACAGUGAUGAAGAGGACAGUGAGAUGACCGAGAAAGCAGCACAAUCUGCAGAUGCAAAUGGAAAUAAUUCAACAGACAUCGAUAGUACUCUGGCUAAUUUCCUAGCGGAGAUAGAUGCAAUUACCGCUCCUUCCCAACCUCAUGAGGCCGCUAUGCCAACUAUGGCUCCACCGCCAACUCCUCCACGGCCAGAACCGAAGGAGUCUGCUGCCAGUCAGGUUUUGGUAACUUCAAAUGGAACAGACCAAGUAGCUGCAUGGCAAUAUGACACUCAGUGCUCAUUGGCAGGAGUGGAAGUAGAAAUGGGAGACUGGCAAGAAGUUUGGGACGAAAACACAGGCUGCUAUUAUUACUGGAACAUACAAACGAAUGAAGUUACUUGGGAACUACCUCAGUAUCUUGCAACACAAGUCCAGAAUCUCCAACAUUACCAACACAGUUCUGCAACAGAGUCUGAUGAAAGCUACCAGGUGGCUACAGAUAUCAGUUCUCAGGGGAAAGGUGGAGGUGGUACUAGUAGUACCAUUGCUGCUCCUGCUGCUGGUAAUAUUGGACGUAGGACAAUUCUUUCAAAACGUGAGCUGAGAAAGGAGGUGAAUGAAGGCAUCCAGGCACUAUCAAGCAGCGAAGAAGAGAAAAAGGGAGUGGCUGCAUCUCUGCUGGCUCCUUUGCUUCCUGAGGUAGUGAAGGAGGAAGAGGAGCGCUGGAGGCGGAAGGUUAUUUGUAAAGAAGAGGUGGAGCCGUUGAUGGAGGACGAUGUGACAGCAGAACAAACAAAAGCCAUUUCUGAUCAGCCGCUGGAAGGUGUUCAUGAUAUUGGGGAAGAUCCGUCUCAGGAAGACCUGUGUAGUGUGGUGCAAUCAGGAGAAAGUGCAGAGGAAGAAGAAGAGCAGGACACUCUGGAACUGGAAAUGGUAUUGGAGAGGAAGAAGGCAGAAUUACGAGCUUUGGAAGAAGGUGAUGGGAGUGUUUCAGGCUCCAGUCCACUUUCUGAUGCAAGUCAAUCAGAUCUAACACGGCGGUUGUUACCAAAGCAAGGGAAAUGGAAGCUGUUUGGAGUUGCUAGUCCUGAAUCCACCAGCCGAGGGUCUAGCAAAACAGGCCAAGAGAGUCCUGAGCCUGGAGAAACUGCCAUGAAGGAAGAACCAGAAACAGCUGAUGACAGCUUGGGCCAUGGACCAGACAUGGAAGAAUUUCAAGACAAAGUGAAAACACAAGGGGGUUUCAAGGUAGAAGACGAAGAGCAGGACUUAAAGUUUCAGAUUGGAGAGCUGGCCAAUAUGUUGAUAAGCAAGCUGGAGUUUUUGGGCAUCAGUAGACAGUCGAUCUCUAACUUCCACAUGCUACUGUUGCAGACUGAGACUCGAAUUGCAGAUUGGCGGGAAGGUGCUCUCCAAGGAAAUUACCUCAAACGCAAAUUACAAGAUGCAGCUGAACAGCUAAAACAAUAUGAAAUAAACGCCGCCCCUAAAGGCUGGUCCUGCCACUGGGACAGGGAUCAUAGACGCUAUUUCUAUGUUAACGAGCAGUCAGGAGAAUCCCAGUGGGAGUUCCCAGAUGGGGAGGAGGAGGAGGAAGGACAAAUCCUAGAGAAUAAAGCAGAAGCUCUUCCCAAACAAGCAUUGAAGGAGAAAACUGAGUCUGGUGAGGAAUCUACUGAUAAUGCUACAGGUACUGUUUCUAAAGAAUCACUUUCUAGUCAAGCCGGAGCUACUUCUCUGGUGCCUCUCAGUCCAUUUUGGACUGUUCUUCAGCCCUCUGUCCCAGUACUGCAACCCCCUUUACCUUUAGAAAUGCCCCCACCCCCACCACCCCCUCCAGAAUCACCUCCACCACCCCCUCCCCCUCCACCACCUCCUGGAGAAGAUGGAGAAAUACAAGAAGUAGAAAUGGAAGAUGAGGGAGAUGAAGAGCCACCAGCACCAGGAACAGAGGAAGAUGCUAUUAUAAAGCCUCUCCUUCGACCAGCUGUUGCCAACAGUCAGACCAACUCUGAGACCAGCAUAUCCACAACUUCCGCUAAACCUUUAAAAAGAAAAGCUUCCGAAAUGAAUGCUGGACAGGUGCAGCGAGCAGCAACUAUUGGAAGUUGUCCAGUGCUUUAUGGCCAGUCAGUAGUAGGUGGAAGCCAACAAGCCCACGGGGUGAGUUUACAAUCAAGUUACCUUGGAGUACCACAGCCAGCUCUCAUAGGCUAUUCAGACUGUAGUGCCUCAGGAGGACUUCCUGCCAGCACGACACAGCCAGUUCCUUCACUAGGAGCUGCACCUGCCACUGCAGAACAUCUGCCACCACCACCACCACCACCUCCUCCUCCUCCUCCUCAGUCAUCACCUCCACAUGUCCCAAAGUCAUUACCUCUGGAGAAAUCAAAAAAGCUUAGAAGAGGUAGCAAGAGGAAAAAAAACAAGACAAAGAUGCCAUCUCUGGUGAAGAAGUGGCAGAGUAUUCAACGGGAAUUGGAUGAGGAGGAGAACUCCAGCUCUAGUGAUGAAGAUCGGGAAGUGAUGUCACAGAAGCGAAUCGAAGAAUGGAAACAGCAGCAAUUAAUCAGUGGAAUGGCAGAAAGAAAUGCCAAUUUUGAGGCUUUGCCUGAAGACUGGAGGGCUCGACUCAAGAGGCGGAAAAACACUUCAAACACAUGAGCUUUUUUAACCAUAUCUGUACAGUUCAGAACCUUUUAUUGUUGGAUCUGUUGUAACUUUGAAGAUACUUAUUUCAGUUCAAUUACCUGAGAGAGAAUUUUGUUGGAUUUGGGAAUCUUUUGGAGAUAUACUUUGGCAAAUAGGCCUGUGAAAUGAUGGUUAGGCUUGAUACUUUGUUAAGCAGCUCCCAUUUCAGACACCUGACAUACCAUUCUGUCUAAUUCCCUGGUGGAAUGGAUAACAAUAACUGAUUGAUGCACUUUGGCUGGUUCCAUUUCUUACUCCACAUUUCUGCUCUUGCUUUCUCAAGUACUGUAAUGUGUCUAGCUGUAAUUUGCCACUUAGAUCAAACAGCAUUUCAGAAUUUGAAUCCCUUGUUUCAUUCCUGGUUUUGCCAACACUUCUGUUUGGCAAAAUUAUGCGUUUUUCUCCCCUGGGCAUUUU